CCCCUGUAUUUGCAGAUCAAGAUGAUCUCAGGACCGGUCGUUCCAUGCAUCAUACACUGCAUAUAAAGGUAGGUUCCACAGGUUAUGAUACUUAGCGUCUCACUCAUUAUCCAGCCAUGUCUUCGCUGCGGCGCCCAUUUGUCACUGCACUACAAAAUGCAUCAUAUGGAAGAGUCACUCAAUCCUUACCUAUGCGCCUGUCCUCAUCGAUGUCAGUUGCGAUAACUACGCAAGGACACGAGGAACUCACUAUUCCACCAAUCUUUGACAUCUUUGACGCUCCGGUGCGCCUGGGAGAAUCUUCCGCACUUGUUAGACGAACGGCCACGAUAACUCGUAUCGCUGCUCUCGAACGCAACAAUGAAAAAUCAAGCAAUGCCGCUAGCAACUUCACUCGAGCUCAACAUUUUUCCUCACUACCUCCCCCCAUCCUAUUCGAUGGCCCUGCUCGCCCAGCAUAUUUAUUACCGCGAGCACUUGAAAAUCGUCACAAAAUACGGCAAUACCCAUCUCUAUCGCAUAACAGACAGGCACACACACCUUCAUCCCCUUUCAUAUCAACCUCAGAACCUAUAUAUGAAAUCUUUGAUGGACCUUCGCGAAAAGCCCGUUACAAAUACUCAACGUCGUCCUCACAGUCUUCAUCUCGGCCAUAUGUUUGCCUUGCUCUGGGUAUCUCUGGAGCCUUUGGCUGGUUGGCGAUGAAGGACCAGCUAGGCGAUGAAUAGUAGCAGGGAAUGGGAACGUCUUCAUAAGCAGGUGUCACAUUCUUGGCUAUGUUUGGGCUCGGAGCGAGUAUCGCUUCGCGCCAAGAUAUGUGCAU